GGUAGGCACGUUAUGCUCUAUCAGAAUGACCCUGCUGCCAUCCCUAUCCAGAGAGGACACUGCUUGGCAGCAGCAACUGGACGUCGGACGCCAGGAACCCCAUUUCACCACGAUGGAGAUAGGCAACAGGAAGAAGGAGGACGACAGGAUGAUGGAGCAGGAGAGCAACGAGGAGUCGGAGUCAGAGGAGGUGGAGUCGGAGGAGGAGAAGGAGGAGGCGAAGGAGGAGAGGCCUGGGAACGAGGGCCCGGCGGGCAGGAAGAGGAGGACAACCAGGACGGCGGGCGCCCAGCGUGUGAAGGCACGGCGCAUGAAGGCCAACGCGCGCGAGCGCAGCCGCAUGCACGGCCUGAACGAGGCCCUGGAGGAGCUGCGGAGCGUGGUGCCCUGCUUCUCCGGCGCCCAGAAGCUGUCCAAGAUCGAGACGCUGCGCCUGGCCAGGAACUACAUCUGGGCGCUGUCGGAGCUGCUGCAGGAGGGGCGUGGCUACCAGGGCUACCAGGGCUACCAAGCCCCAGACCUGCUGGCCUUCAUGCAGGCUCUCUGCCAGGGCCUCUCCCAGCCCACCUCCAACCUGCUGGCCAGCAGCCUGCAGCUCAACCCCCUCACCUCUCUCCCAGAGCAGGCUCCAGAGCUCCACUCCACCCUGGCACCACCCCCACAGCCCUACCCCUACCCCAGCCCUCCGUAUAGCAACAUGGACCUCCACCACACCAACACCAGCCUCCAGCGCGCCAACACCAACCUCUACCAUGCCAAGGUCAACCCCUACCACAACCUCGGCGGCGCCCUAGAGACGUACUUGGACGUCGGGGAGUUCUCGUCCGGCCCCGCCCCCUCGGGCUUUGACCCGCCCCUGAGCCCGCCGCUCAGCUUCAGCGGAAGCUUCAGCUACAAGAUGGAGGCGGAGUUAGACCGGAGCCCCGCCUUCUCGGCCCCGCACACUCCCGACCCGGGGCCGCAAGGCUCUCGCCGCGACGUCGUAGACAGCCCCCCACGACGCUUUGACCUCACUGAGAGCCCCUCUCUGCGGUAUGACAUUGUGAACGACGCGGGGCUGGCGUCGCAGAGUGAACGUCUGCUCAGGGCCCAGCUCACCUCGCUCCUCCAGGAGUCCUGAACAGACACAAGGACCAGCAGGAGCGUCGAUGCACGGCCACACGACAAGCUCUUCAUGAGGACUUUCGUAUGACUCGUGAAUUUCAUGGAGGAUUUCGAAUUGGGAUGGAUGGAUCGAUGGAUGGACGAGUCGAUGAAUGAAUUGAUGGACGGAGGGAAGGAUGGAUGGAGAGACAGUUCUGGACUCUAAUAAGCAGGAAUGUAGCAUUCAAGAAUUGUUUGGCCUUAGAAGUACUGCUAAUAAAGCCAUUUGGAUCAUGGAUUUCCUGUAACAGGGUCUGUCUUUGGUGGUGUUGAUGAAGGUGAGGAGGAGGAUGAUGAUGAAGGUGAGAGUAACUGUUAAACUCUCAAAGGGCAUGAUACAGUGCCCUCCAAAAGUAUUGGAACAGUGAG